UGGGGAUAUGAUUACUUCCUCUGGGCGUAUCCCGAACAAAGGCAGAUGAACACCGUCAUCUACCUGCGAACAAACACGCCUGCCUUGAUCACCUAUGUGCUCGGCCCAGAAUGGAAGACGGAGCUCGACCAAAGCGGCCAUAAAUACCUAGAAAAGCCCGACGAAGGCUGGGCCGAUGUGGACGAAGCGGCACUGGCGCUGCGGAUGCGGCGGGCUGGUGGGGCGGUUAUCGACAUCAGCAAGACCUAUGGAAUGGCGUGGCUGUACGAAGACGUGUGCACGUCCGAAUGGUGGGCAGUUGAAAAGAGGCGCAAAUACGUGUUCGGAUGGCCAGAGACGGGCGGGGUGUUGGUCUUGGCGCUGCCG